AUGACCGGCCGACGCCUCGGGGCUCGGUUCCCCGAGCUCCCUAUCACGGGCAGCAGCAAUACCGACAACAAUGACGAAGCCGAAGGCUCCGAACCCCCGAGCCAGAGCCAAAGCCAGAGUCAGAGCCAGUAUCUCUCGCUCCCGGGUUCUCCCACCCAGGCGCGCCGACAUCGUCCUACACUGAGCCGACGGCCCUCCAACGCAGACGCCCCCGACGAACGGUCGCCGCUGCUGGGUGCGCCCCGGACAUCUCGCAUCCGCAUACACAGUGCCCACGGGUCGCCGAGAGUGCCGACGUUGUCGAGAAACCAGAGUUACGCGGAUAGCGUCCGGUCCACGCGCCACCACAGCCGUGCCAACUCAUGGGGCACGCGUCUGAUGCACGCCAUAUCCGACCGCCAGGAGUCGUCGAUGUCCGACUCCAAAGCCUCGCUCUAUCCCGACGACCGCGUCUGGUACGACCAGUUCACGUCCACGGACUGGGUGCACGAUAGCAUCGCCGACGCCUACCGGGUCAAGGCCCUUCGCAGCCGCAAGGACUUUUGGGGCCGCGUCUACGUGCUGUUCGACGGCGCCCAGGGCUGGAUACUGAGUGCCCUCGUCGGCUUCAUCGUGGCCGUGCUGGCGUACGUCGUGAAUGUGAGCGAGGCCACCGUGUUCGACUUCAAGGACGGGUACUGCGAGAGGGGGUGGUUGAUCAGCGAGAAGAAGUGCUGCCCCCAUGGGCCCUGUACCGACUGGCGGGACUGGGGCGAGGUUCUCCAGGGGUACCCGUUCGGCGAGCGAUGGACCGAAUUUGCUGUCUAUAUCAUCGCCGUCAUCACCCUCUCCGUGCUGUCCUGUCUGCUCAGUCUUACCACCAAAACGGUUGUGCCCUCUGCCUAUCGCCUGACGACGCUCGACGAGAACCUCGCGGCCGAAGCGCCCGCACCUCCACUGGACGAUGUUGCGAAUGGGGAGGUCAGUCCCCGGCGAGUCCCGGGCAAGGGCGUGACCGAGCAGGCGCCCAUGAUCUACUACUCAGCCGCCGGGAGUGGUGUUGCCGAAGUCCGCGUCAUCCUUAGUGGUUUCGUGCUUCACGGUUUUCUGGGUCUCAAGACACUCCUCAUCAAGACGCUUGGGUUGAUUCUGAGCGUGGCGUCGGGUCUGAGCCUCGGCAAGGAGGGUCCCUACGUGCACAUUGCCAGCUGCGUCGGCAACAUCGCCUGUCGCUUGUUUAGCAAGUACGACCGCAACGACGCCAAGCGCCGUGAGGUCCUCUCAGCGGCUGCGGCUGCUGGUGUCGCGGUGGCCUUUGGUGCGCCCCUCGGCGGUGUGUUGUUCGGUCUCGAAGAAGUGGCUUACUUCUUCCCGGCCAAGACCCUCUUCCGCACCUUCUUCUGCUGCAUCACCGCGGCGCUGACCCUCAAGUUCCUCAACCCCUACGGCACCCACAAGAUCGUCAUGUUCCAAGUGCGGUACACGGUCGACUGGGAGUACUUUGAGAUUUUCAGCUUCAUCCUCGUCGGCGUCAUCGGCGGUGCCGCGGGGGCCCUGUUCAUCAAGGCCUCGCGCCACUGGGCCAAGACCUUCCGCCGCAUCCCCGUGAUCAAGGCGUACCCCUUGCUCGAGGUGGUUCUUGUCGCGCUGGUGACUGGCCUGAUUGGGUACUGGAACACCCUGACCAAGCUCCCUGUGGCCAAACUGCUCUACAACCUGGCCGCGCCGUGUGAUGACCGGGACAACAAUCUCGAGAAUUUGGGGUUGUGUCCGGAAGAGAUCGGUGAUAUUCCGCCUAUUCUCCUGAACCUGUUUGCCGCGUUCUUGAUUAAGGGGCUAUUGACUAUUAUCACCUUUGGCAUUAAACUACCCGCCGGCAUUUACGUCCCGUCCAUGGUGGUCGGCGGUCUGAUGGGCCGCCUCGUCGGACAUGUUGUCCAGUGGAUCGUCAUGGCCACGCCCGACUUGAGCGUGUGGGGGACUUGUGGGAGGAUGCCGAACGCUACUUGCAUCCAGCCGGGUGUGUACGGCCUCAUUGCCGCCGGCUCGACCAUGUGCGGUGUCACCCGGCUUUCGGUCACGUUGGCGGUCAUCUUGUUUGAGCUCACCGGCAGCCUAGACUAUGUCCUGCCCUUUUCGCUGGCUAUCCUCGUGGCUAAGUGGACUGCUGAUGCUAUUGAGCCGUUGAGCAUUUACGACCUCCUAACCGAAAUGAACUCCUACCCCUACCUCAACAACAAACACAAACCCAUCUUCACCUCCGACCUCGCCGACAUCGUCCCCCGCGUGCGCAAAGAGCGCAUGAUCGACAUCACCAACUCCCCCGUGGUCCCCGCCACCAGUCUGCGCAUGAAACUCGAGCUCCUCCAUCGCGCAGGCGAACUCGACGGCGGCCUGCCCAUCAUCCGCGACGGCGUGCUUGUCGGCCUGAUCCCGGCCCCCGACCUCGAGUACGCGCUUGACAACCUGCGCGAUGAGGCGUCUAGUUUGUGUCUGAUGGCGAGUGUGCCCAGUAUUGAUGACUCGGAUGAUGGCGGGCAGAGGGAUCCGACGGAUUUUACCCCGUAUAUUGACCCGGCACCGGUGGCGUUGGAUAUUAGGUCGCCGAUGGAUUUGGUGUAUGAGUGUUUUGUGAAGUUGGGGUUGAGGUAUAUUUGUGUGUUGCGUGAUGGGCGGUAUGCGGGAAUGACACAUAAAAAGACCUUUGUCAAGUACAUGCAGGAACUGGAGGAGCAGGAGGCGCAGGGGCAUAUGUGA